CACAGUGAUGGCGUAUUCCUCAGGACUUGUGUUGUCAUUUGAGCAGCAACAAGUGAUGCAUUUGGUGGUCUCCUAAAAAAAAAAAAAAAAAAAAAAAAAAAGGACACGAAUGCCUCACAAGUGCCACCACCGGCGCUGCGGGGAUGGAUACCGGCUAUUUCCUGGCGAGGAUUUGCUUUUUCCUGCUGUCCCUCCAUGGAUUCACCUCCUCCUCUCAUGCUGUGGGACUUUGUCCCGGCCGCUGCGACUGCCAACAUCCACAGCAUCUCAUGUGCGCCAACCGAGGUCUGCACACCGUGCCGCUUCAAAGCAGCAAACAGGAGGAGGUGCUGGUCUUCAGUCUGGGAGGGAACUUCAUCGGAAACAUCUCUGCUCUUGACCUUGUGAGGUACACCGCCUUAGCAAGGUUAGAUUUACAGUUCAAUCAAAUCCAAAACAUCCACCAUGAUGCGUUUGAGGGUCUGUCCAACUUGGAAGAGCUCUACUUGGGACAUAAUCGUUUAUCGAGGAUUCAAGCUGGAACUUUGCAACCGUUGAAGAAGCUGUCAGUGUUCUAUGGAAAUAAUAAUGACAUCAUGCACAUAACAGGAGAACUUUUUGCCAGCUUGGAGCAUCUUGUUAAACUUCGCCUGGAUGGCAACGGUAUAGAACGCUUGCAGGACUCAGUUUUUAAAGACCUAACCAGUCUACGUUAUCUCCAUCUGGAGUCCAACCAGCUGCAGCACAUCCACAAAAACGCCUUUUCUAAACUCGCCCACCUGCGCUUUCUCAACUUGUCUCACAAUAAGCUGACAACCCUGCGAGGUGCCCUCACAUUUUCCAGUCUCCACGCUUUGACGACUUUGCUCCUCUCUGAAAAUGCAAUCCAGCACGUUGGAAAUAAAGUCUUCCAACAUCUACAACGACUCUCCAAACUCUCGCUCAGUCACAACAGGAUUUCUCAUCUGCACAGAGGCGCUCUCCUCGGCCUGUCAAGCCUCAGAGAGCUUCUCAUGGACGGGAAUGAGCUGGAGGAGAUCCCAGCUGGGCUUCUGGAUCCUCUGGAGCUCGUCGAGCAUUUGGACUUUAGUCGUAACCGCAUCUCUGAUGUCGACUCUUUGGCUUUCAUGCACCUGAAACACCUACGGGUGCUGAAGCUGAAGAAUAACAUCCUCACCAGCCUUUCUGGGGACAUUUUUAGACUCAAUCACUUCCUUCAUGAUGUGGAUCUCCAUGGCAACAACUGGACAUGUGACUGUCGUUUAGAGGGGCUGAAAAGUUGGAUGGCCGUGACACAUUCUCGGGGGAAAAUGUUGGAUGUUUUUGUGCAAUGUCGUCACCCCGCAUCUCUGAGGGGGGCCUACCUGGACAAUGUCAACAGUUCCCAGUUGGAGACCUCCGAGAAUUGGGCUCAUUUGUGCAGGAGCAGAGGUGGACCUGAAGAGAGUCAGGGAGGGAGGCUGUGGAUCAAGAUGAUGCAGGAGAAGGAAGAACAGGUGCAAGGUGACCAAGGUGGGGCAGAACCAGAACAUAAGAAGGACUCCCUUAGAAAACGUGGGUGGAAAAAAAUGGGUGGAAAACCCUCCACAGCACCGAGAACCCCCACUGCUUCAGUCCCAUCAGGAGAAAGGUUUGAUCUUCUGAGGAUGGAUCACAAGGAGGCUCCACCUGUCUUCACAGAUCCAUGCGUCUUCAACCGCCUCGUCAUCGUGAAUGUAACAGUGGACCAGGUAACGAGCAGCACCGUCACCGUCUACUGGACAACACGGGCAGAUCUUGGCCUACAUGAAGUCCAGUAUCGGAUUUUGUUCGACAGAUUUGGGACACCAGACCGCUUCCCACGUUAUGUUUACGUUCCCAGCUCUUCCCGCUCUGUGACCCUGCAGGAGCUCCGCCCGGAUGUCACCUACAUGGUUUGUGUAGAAGGUGUGGUCGCAGGUUCCGUGUGUCAAGUGGCCCCCCGUGACCACUGCUCAGGUCUGGUCACUCUUCCCGAGGAGCGCACCUCCAGUGUGACCUCUGACCUCCAACUGGUGACAGUUCUGACUGUAGCCGGGAACGCCGUGCUGCUGCUCGUAGUGGGAGGAGUCUGGCUGGGGCGGAGCCUAAAGAAGAAGCUGCAGAGGAGGAAGUCAGCGGUUCAUGUGCGCCACAUGUACUCCACUAGGAGACCUUUUCGGGCCAACACGGCAAGCGCGUCCGUGUCUGCUGACUUUACCAGCUAUCAAAGUAGCCGCCCGGCUCGUCUUGUGCCACCGAAACUGGGAGACCUCAUCGAGUUUCCCUGUGAUCGCUUUCAGGAUACUGGCUCCUCCUGCAGAGACAAUGACAUGCCCAGAUUCUCUGACUAGCAUCUUUAAUGGACACCCCUCACACUUAGGCAACCAUUUUAUCACAGUAAUACCAUAGGAAUGAUGAAACUUGGAUAUACUGUACUUUAUAGUGUAGUUCAUGUAUAAAUAGUAUCACGGUCUGGGGUUGCAUGAGUGCUGCUGGUGCCGGGGAGCUGCGGUUCACAUGAAUUCCAACAUGCACCUCAUAUUGUCAGCUGUUUAAACAAUAAUGGUCACGUGUUGAGUCAUUUUUAGUGUAUCGUUAAUCUAUGCAAGCUGUACACUGACUACUCUAAGCGUCCUUUAAGAAUAUACAGUAUAAAGGUUGCUGAAAUGUAAGGGGUCAUAUUGGACAUAUUGUGUUUUUCUAUUUUUCUAGCAAUA